AUGGAAUUCGGCAGUAUAUACCAGCCUCUCGACCCGACUCGGAAUGAGAUCAGGCUCCUCCAUAUUCUCCCAAAACAUCUCUUCUCCAAUCGACCACACGAUAUCUCCUGCACCAUCAGGUCCAUCAGUCUCAAGGACGCGGCCGGCAAAUAUGAGUCUCUAUCAUACGCUUGGGGAACAGAAGUUUCGCAAUCUCCAAUAUACCUCUGCAUCAACGGAUCGGAGAUUCCUGUGGCUGUUCAAGAGAACUUGUACCAAGCGCUGGUGCAUCUUCGCGAUAGGCACCAAGAAAGAUCAGGUGGGGCUUUUGUGUUAUGGGUUGAUGCAUUGUGCAUUAAUCAAAGCGAUGAAGUUGAAAAAUCACAUCAAGUGAAGCACAUGAGAACUGUCUACGAAAAUGCUUCAGCUGUCUGCGUUUGGCUGGGCGUGGCUGCUGACGGCAGCGAUCGAUUGAUCCGGACAUUGAAAAGAGUCUGUGACAUGGCGAUGGAACUUGAGCGUGAAGUGCCAGGAUCAUGGGUCAAUGUGAUGCCAAAAAUUGCUACCAGUAUUGACGAAGAGGCGACAUUUCCUCUCACCAACAUGAUCGCAUUCCUUUCUCGGCCUUGGUGGUCCAGAAUAUGGGUUGUUCAGGAGAUCGCGGCUGCAAAAACUGUCCAUUUUUACUGUGGUCAUCGGCGCACAACAGAUCUCGAAAUGUACAUGUCUAUCGCAUGUUUUAUUUCAAUGCUAGAUACAUGCUCUACGAAACCGCAUUCGACACGGACCGAUUAUGAGUGUCGAGCUGCCUCGAUACAGGAUUUCUCUAUACGCACGUCGCUUGUCAACGAGCUACCUUUCAAUAGAGACGGAUCGGAUUCAGAAUUUCCACUCUUGAUAGAACGUCUGAGACAGUGGUAUAUGACGGAUCCUUCCAGGAGUAUGGUUAUGAAAGCUACCGAUCCACGAGACUUUGUCUUCUCCCUCCUUGGAAUAUGUCAGGAUGCGGAAGAGCUUGAGCUUCAACCAGAUUACACAAAAUUUCGCGAAGAGGUUUUUGUCGACACGGCAACAGCAAUUUUGCUGUCUGGGGAUAUGGGGAUUCUGUCCUUGGCACAAGGUUUCCAAAAAGUUCCGGUUUACCGUCAUGGGUUCCCGACUGGGGCUCGUUUAUUAAUUAUACUUUGCAGAACGGACCAUGGUGUAUAA